CAAGUAAACACCUAUGCCUCUUAUUCUUAGUUAAAAAAAAUAAAUAUAAUGUCAGCCAUUGAUAAUGAUUGUGAGGAAGAAGUCAUUACGAUUCAGGAUGCAGUUAAUGAGAAACUAAAACAGGAAGAGGAUGCUAUUGCAGUGUUAGGGGCUGGUGAUGAAAAUAAUUGCUCAUACAAUUUGGGUUAUGUGGAAAGACAAGCAUUGUUUUCCUGUGAGACAUGUGACCCGUUGCAUGAGAAUUUGGCAGGAGUUUGUUUCGGCUGUUCCUUGCAUUGCCAUGAAGGGCAUGAUCUGAUUGAACUUUACACAAAACGGAAUUUCAGAUGUGAUUGUGGAAAUUCAAAAUUUGGUGAUUUAACAUGCUCCUUAGAAAAGGAAAAGGAUGAAAUAAACCCGAAAAAUAAAUAUAAUCACAACUUCCAUGGUAAAUAUUGUACUUGUGGGCGACCGUAUCCUGAUCCAGAAGAUGAGGUUGAAGAUGAAAUGAUUCAAUGUAUUUUAUGUGAAGACUGGUUCCAUUCCAGGCAUUUAGGCUGUUUAGCACCGGCAGAUUAUUCAGAAAUGAUUUGUGACCAGUGUGUGAAGAAAAAUACAUUUCUACAGUUUUACAAAGACUUUACUGUUACCCCAUCUGCCACCGUAAUUAAAAACAACGAUACUAAUGACAAUGUAGAUGUGGAAUCGGCUGUUGAUUCAAAACUACUUGCUUCAACAAAUGAUACAGAGAAUUGCAAGCUUGAGAUUUUGAAGCAAAUAUAUAAAGCAGUUGAAGAGAAAGAUCUAAAAGCUUUAUUCAUGAAAGACAGCUGGCGAAAUAUGUUGUGCCAAUGUCCGAAAUGUUUGAGUAAUUAUGAAGAGAAAGAAAUUGGUUUCAUUAUUACUGAUACAGAUACAAUCUCGUUUUACGAGAAACGAGGUAAAGAAAAUGUUGAGAAGGUAUGGGAAGAAGCGGCUAACUCAAUAUCACAGAUGAACAGAGUACAACAAGUGGAACUCAUGCAAGGAUACAAUGAUCUUAAAUCAGGCUUGCAAGAAUUUUUAGGCGGUUUUAAAGAAAAUCAGGUUGUUCGAAAGGAGGACGUCGAAGGAUUUUUUGAAGAACUAAACAAGAGAAAACGAAGGCGCUUAGAUGACGGCGAAGGGAUUCCGCCGAACGUUUGCAAGUACUGACGACUCAAGUUUGAAUAAACGAGGUAAGUUCCAAUCAACGAGGCAAGUUUGAAUCAACGAGACAAUUUCGAAUCAACGAGGCAACUUUAAAUCAACGAGGCAAGCGAGCUUAACGUUGUUGUUACUUAGAAGUCUUUCUUUUGUUACUUUUUGUUAUGGAAUACUGUAUCGUAAUACUGUAUUAAAAUAUUUAAUAAACCUAAACUUUUAUAUUUGUAAAUAAAUCCAUAUUGAUGAU